CAGUUGCAGACACCAAAAUUAACACACUCCUCUCCAAAAUCAAGCAUGCACUCAUCAAAGCAACCCAAACUCACCGGUGCUCCAGCCGAUGACUUUUCUGCUCCGCCAUUUUCACCGUCUCGUCUUACCCAAGAACAAGAAUCCGCAAUCAUGGUUGCUGCUCUAAAAAAUGUUGUCUCUGGCGAAGCUACCACUAGUAGCGCUACUGCCACAUUAACAGAUUUCUCACAGGAGUUGUUUCACCUUCAGUUCUCUACUACUGCUUCUGCUACUUCAUCACACUUCGCUGCUAGUUCUUCCGCCAAUACUGUUACCGCUGGUUUUGUCAACCCAUUACUGCCACCAUCGGAUCUUGACACGUGCAAUGUUUGCAGGAUCAGUGGAUGCCUAGGAUGCAACUUUUUCCCGCCAAAUAAAGAGGAAAAGAAAGUGACACGAAAACGAGCGAAGAAAAAUUAUAGAGGAGUAAGGCAGAGGCCGUGGGGCAAAUGGGCAGCUGAAAUCAGGGAUCCGCGGCAGGCAAGGAGGGUGUGGCUAGGGACUUUUAACACGGCGGAGGAAGCUGCUAGAGCUUAUGAUAAGGCGGCGAUUGAGUUUCGAGGGCCGAGAGCGAAGCUCAAUUUUCCAUUUCCUGACAACAUUAGCAACACUACAAAUUUGGAAGAGAAAAGCACUCAAGAUCAAGAGCAAGAACAGAAAGAAAAUUCUUCGAAAGCAAGAGAAUUUGAAGUGGAAAUGGAACUGGGUCAGGAAUGUGAAUUCAUAGAAAAAAAGAUUGGAGACGAUGAAAUUGAACAAUGGAUGACGAUGAUGGAUUUUGGAGGGAGUUCUUCAGAUUCAGCUGGCACUGCUACUACUAUGUUAUGAUCAAAUUUCAAAAUUAUUAUUUUCGUCUUAAUGAUUCUUUCAUAUGUUUUUUCAGAGAGAAUCAUUAGUUAAUGAUUUUAGGAUGUCAAUUUUUAUAAUUCUAAUAAUUCUUUUUGAUAAAA